CCCACCCCCUGCCUGGAUGAUUCUGACCUCAGACCUACAUUCCCUGUGUCCGGGACUGCAACAAAACUUGCAGAAAACAGAGGUCCCCAAAGCAAAGUCUGUGGGAGUACGCAGCAGGGCCAAAGCCCAGCCUUCUGUUGGGUCACACUGUCAUCUUCCAGGGAGAAACAGCCAUGGUGCUCACAGAAGCAGAGGAUGGGGAAACCUCAACCACAAAUUUCCAGAUUUGGGACCCCAAACGAGGCUUCAGAAAUAGGGAGGCUUCAGGCAGCUGGAACCCACAGUCCAGACAUCCCAGGGAAAGCAGGCACCCAGGAUCCUGGAUCAGAGGAGACUCUCACCCAAAGUUCGAACUACUGGGGGAACUCAAGACUGCGUGCGUUAGACCUAUCCCGCGGACCCCAGGGUCCUGGGAAAAUGUAGCUGUGGAAGAACAGAACCUUCCUCCCUCCUGUGACAGCUGACAUUCAUAGGAAGGCGGACGCACGGAAGACGCCAGGUAACAAGAGCCCAGAAGAAGGCUGACGUGGCCGAGCUUUCCUGCCUUAGUCCACAGGCUCCUCAGAAGUCAGGGCCCACAUCUUCCCUGCAUUCCCCUUGGCUGGGGGAAGAGAAAGCCCCCAAUGGCCCCCAAAAAGCCAGAGCCCAAGAAGGAUGAUGCCAAGGCAGCCCCCAAGGCAGCUCCAGCUCCCGCACCUCCCCCUGAGCCUGAGCGCCCUAAGGAGGUCGAGUUUGAUGCUUCCAAGAUCAAGAUCGAGUUCACACCUGAGCAGAUUGAAGAGUUCAAGGAAGCCUUCAUGCUGUUCGACCGCACACCCAAGUGUGAGAUGAAGAUCACCUAUGGGCAGUGUGGGGAUGUCCUGCGGGCGCUGGGCCAGAACCCCACACAGGCGGAAGUGCUCCGUGUCCUGGGGAAGCCAAGACAGGAAGAGCUCAAUACCAAGAUGAUGGACUUUGAAACUUUCCUGCCCAUGCUCCAGCACAUUUCCAAGAACAAGGACACUGGCACCUAUGAGGACUUCGUGGAGGGGCUGCGGGUCUUCGACAAGGAGGGCAAUGGCACUGUCAUGGGUGCUGAGCUUCGCCACGUGCUGGCCACGCUGGGUGAGAGGCUGACAGAAGACGAAGUGGAGAAGUUGAUGGCUGGGCAAGAGGACUCCAAUGGCUGCAUCAACUACGAAGCAUUCGUGAAGCACAUCAUGUCCAGCUAAGCCUUGUGCCCAGGAAGCCCAGGGAAGGCUGUGCAGGGACGUCUCAUCUCCCAUGUGUGAUGCUGACACCAGCGGCCUGGAGUCGUAGGAAGGAGGGGAGCCUUAUCAAGACUCCUGCAAAAACCCUCGGACCUCUCUGCGUGGUUGCCAUCUCUGGCCCCUCUCAGGCUGUGCUUACCUGUGACGGCAGCUCUGUCCCCACCCCAUGGGCCUCAUGAAUAAAUGGCUUCUUGCCGGCCUUCC